AAUACUUCCUUGUACAAUAAACAAAACAUACAAUUGCCAUGUGCAGCAAGAUCAUCGAAAUAAAUGCCAAAUCCGGCAAUAGAACGGCUGUCAUCUCGCUGCGCCAGACUGAGCUCGUUGGCAACCUGCGUGUUCUGGUUGCGGCCCGAUUUGAGAAGGCCAUCGAAAUCGUUGUGCUUGUCUUUGGAGGUCAGGUACUGCUGGAUGUGGGCACCAUUGAUGGCCAUGGCAUCACCGCAGGUGUCACUGUCCACGUGAUCUUUCGUCAACUAAUAAAGCUACCCACUCCACCGGAUAAUGGCACGCUUAAGCCGCCCGCUAUGAGAUUUAAGAUGAGGGAAUUCAUCAAGCCGCUGCUAGAGAAUUCUGGCACAUUGCGCGAUAUUCUGGAGUCAGUGCCUCAAAUGAAGGCCAUGCUGGAGAAGAACUUGGGCAUGAGGCAAUUCCUGUCCAGCGACCGUAAUCUGCGCGAAGUCUUCUCCAUCAUGCUGAGUCCGGCCAAGCAGCAGGAGAUGCGUCGCAUGCACGAUGUGCACCUCAUGCGACUGGAGUCGAUGUAUGGCUGCACCCAUAUACUGGGUAAGAUUAGCUUCCGUUUGCGCAAGGCCUACGAGGACAAUGUGGCCCAAAAAUAUCAGAAUACAUCAGAACGUCAGCACAAUCAGCAGCGUGGACGUGAAAAUAAAUUGCCACUACCGAAUCCCUGGCGGCGAGUCAAACAGAAAACGGAUGUGCAGGUCACGAUCGUUGUGAUGAAAGUGAAAUGUGACCUUACCUUGCUGGAUGCCCAAAAGAUAUCCGUUGAGGCUGCACGGGAACUCUUAGAGAAGCUGGAGCCCACCCAAACAGAUGUUACAUCGCUCAACCUAUUUGAAUUUAUGUCCCGGAAUAAAAAGCGCUGGGAGGAGCAAUUUCGAUCCCAGUUGGAGCAGUUGCGUGAGCUGGGCCACAUGGAUUGGCAACGCAACAUUUGCGCACUGCUCAUAUCCUCGGGUGAUGUACCCACUGCCGUCAAGCAAUUGAAGAAAUGGAACCGCUAAAAGAACACCCAACAACUAUUCAAUUACUCAACUACCCCAACUAACCGGCCACUUAAAAAAACACAACCCAAACGUUUAAUUUAUACGAUUCAUUUUGGUGCAUUGCCUGUGUAUGCACUUUAAGUGGCAAUUGCUCUCAAAAUGUCAAAUUAUUUUCAAUACAUUUUACUUUCAUUAUUAUUGUCUAUCUACAUAAAGGGGAGCGAAUAAAUACGAGUGUAUGUGUGUGUGUAA